UCCCCCCCUCAAAAGGUCCGCAACUUACUUGAGUCUCCAGCCAAUCUGACCAGAUGCCGCCUGCUUCGAGAGACGCUGUCUCAGAUGCCAAGCCCAUAUUCAGGAAUGUUCACGACGACACACAACAGCAUGUAGGCAUGUCUCAAUCAGCCAAGAGCAAAGGAAAGCAGCGCGAUCCUCCGCCGACCCUUUUCCUCCAUCCGUCUCCCGCCGCUUCUCAUGCUUCGCUACCCGGCAUUCUCGCGCCAGGAGCGCCGGCGACGUCGUCCGCCCCGGGUGCCUCAACUCUAGCUCAGCCAGCCUUGAACCUCCAACGUAACGGAUCUCUUCACACCGGCUCGGUAGUCACGCCGUCCGUUGCUCGUCCUGCACGGAAUAUUAAGACGGCCGGCAGCACUAGGAGCACCGACAGGACCGACGCAUUAUGGGCGGAGAUGCAGGCGACGCUCGAGGAGGUCGAGCUGUCUGCGUCAGGUGGGACUCACGUCUUUGGCCCGGAUCAUGACCGCAAAUUGGAAGAGCUUAGGACAGCUCAAAUUGCUCUUGCGCAGGCCUGGGCACGGAGCGAGGCGGAUGAGGCCAUUGAGAUGACUGGACAACGGUCCAACACGUCAGCAGUUGGGGACGAGGUUCGUAAUCUCAAGAGCGCAGUUUUAGGAGAGACAGGCAUGUCGCCAGACAGCAACGAGGUUCCACGAAGCACAGGAAGCAACAAUGGCCGCCCAGGCAGCAGCGGAGGCACAGAACGUCUUGGUGCCAAGCUUGAGCAAGAGACGGAGGUGGACAUCCUGCUGGCACGAAAGCGGCGCGAAGCCAACGAUCGGUACUUCCAACGGGUAAACCAGAGCGUUCUUGACGUCGUCGCCAAGCUUGAGGAUGUUGCUGUUGCGAUGCGAGCUGUUGAACAGGAAACCAAGGACAUCUGGGGCGAGAAUGACAGCGCGGCAGGCAGUGCAAAGGGGUAAAUGCCUCUGACGGUUACUGGGUCAUUGACGACAACGUACGGUACUGGGCGUCUGCAUUGAACCGAAACAGUUUCCUUGAUAGUUUUGGGAGGAUUGGGAGUUUGUUGUUUGUGGGUUCUGGGUUUGGCGUUGAGGAUCACAUGGACGCCCAUGCAUAUAGAGAGAUAGGGACACCGUCACGCAGGGUCGACGAGUUGGGGUCCAUACCUAUCCGCCUUCACCUUUUGCGGACACCGAAAAUAUCCAAUAAUUCUUU